GAUUGGUUAGGGCUCCUUCUUCUUCUUGAAAACCACAACAGCUGUUUGAGGUUUCAACAUUGACCAUGUUGCCUUCCGCUGUCCUGGUUUUCCUGCUCCUCCUGCCGCUCUCUGCCUCUGAAGAGCCAGAGGAGUUAACGGUGAAGCCCGAGCAUAACGUUACUCUCGGGUGUCGGGCUCUCUCCGACGGCGCCGUCACUCUGCUGGAGUGGAAGAGACGCGACCUGAAGGACGACGGCUACGUCUUCUUCUACAGGAACCAGCGCGCUUACGAGAAGUACCAGCACCUGCAUUACCGGGGUCGGGUGGAGCUGAGAGACCCGGAGAUGAGGCACGGAGACGUGUCCGUUGUUCUGAAGAACGUCAGCGUCAACGACACCGGGACGUACGACUGUCGAGUCAUAAUCGCCGGGGGCAACGAGAGCAGGCAGCUCAUCGACCUGACCGUCACCGACUCCGAUCCCCCAGCUGGACAGGAGGGCAGAUAUCUGGUCUGUGUGUCAGUUGCUGGAUGCUUUCUUCUUAUUGUUUUUGUUGUUCUUUCUGUUCUGUGUUGUAAACGGUGUAACGGUCCCACCAAGAAUCCUUCAUACAAAGCUCCGGCUGCUGAAAGCACCGAGGUGACCUGAGUGUCUGAGUCCUCCUGCUGAAAGAAUCAACAGUUUA